CGCGGCGUUCGCAUGAAAUCCGAAAAAGGUAUUCAAGCCGGUCGAGAACUCGUGCAUUACGUUUGACAAACAAAUAUUACAGUAGUGACCGCAGUGUAACACGAUCGAGAUCGCGAGUACGAUAUUCUCGAUCGACUGAACGCUCAAUAUUGAAGUUACGCAGCACGAGACGUUCUGCGUCACGUCGAUAUAACUAUUCGAGGUCAAUUUUAUACUCGCGUGGUAGAAGUUAUUCUAGAUGUACACGUAAUAGUAAUCAAGGGCAUCACAAGCGUUCUGAAUGUAAUAUGCAAAAUAAUCGUUCAUACCCUAUGCCUCAAAUUGAGUGUACUGCACGGGUGCCAAAUCCAGUUCCAGAGAACAACGUACAACUAGGUAAAAAUAAUACAAGUUUAAAUGAAAGUGAAAAGGUUUUAGUUACUGGAACGGGAUCAAUGGCAGCUGUGUCGGCUAAUGAAAGUGAACAAUGUUCUUUGACAAACAACCAGUUGUUAGAAACCCUUAAUAAAACAUUGCAAACUAUGACAACCGUCGCAUCGAUGUCACAUUCUAAAGGAAAAUUUACUAAUUUAAACGUUGUACCAGAGUUUGAUCCAAACGUAAAGCACCAAACCAUAAUUAACUGGCUCAAUAAAGUCAAAGAAUGUGCAGAGAUAUACGGUUGGAAUAGUCAGCAAACUGCACAUUACGCUCUCCCUAAACUUACCGGUACUGCAAAACGAUGGUACGAAGGGCAACCAACGGUUUUACACUCAUGGGAAAUUUGGGAAGAGAAGUUGAGAUUAGCCUUUCCGUGUAAUGAGAACUAUGGACACUUAAUAUAUGAGAUGAUGAAUAUAACGGCUAAGUUUGGUGAUAACUUAGAAGAAUAUUUUUACGAGAAGUUAAAUGCGCUUAAUCGUUGCCUUAUCAUAAAUAGAAAUGCCGUAGAUUGUAUUGUUUAUGGUAUAGAGGACAGGUCAGUUAGAUAUGGUUGUGAGGCGGCCAGCUUUGAUACUACUGACAAAUUAUUAGGUUAUCUGAAAACUGUCAAGCACGAACGUAAUUCUAAAUAUAAUAAACGACAUUUAUUUAAACCAAGUACAGAUUUAACACGGAAAAAUCAAAAAUUUAUUUUAAAAUGUUACAACUGUAAUGAAACGGGGCAUACUAUACCCCAGUGUAAGAAGCCAAAAAUAAAAUGCCAGAAAUGUUUGCGUUAUGGUCACGAUGAUCCAAGUUGUACAUUAGAAAUUUUAAAGAAAACUAGGGUUUUGGACGUAAAAACAUUAUGACUGAAUCAAACUACCGUUGAACAAGCCGAUCAGAAAUUCAGAAAAACAAUUCUAGUAAAUGGUUUACAAUUAAACGGUUAUGUUGAUUUCGGUUGCCAAGGCACUUUAAUACAGGAAUCGGCGGCUCGUAAAGUUAAAAAUCCAAUGGAAUGGGCAAUUGAUAGUUUACCUUUCUUACGGGGAUUUGGCAGUAAACUUAUAAGAGCAAUUGGAAAGUAUACAGUUAAUUUAAAAGUUGAUAAAGCGGAUUUAGAGGUUGAUUUAUUAAUAGUACCGGAUUGUUAUUUAGACUAUGAAAUAUUGAUAGGGCAAACUACCACUGAACAGCCACAUGUUGAAGUUUAUAAAACAUAUAAGGAGCUACUAAUACAAUCUACCAAUUCCUGUGAAAUUGAUAAGCUAAUAGUUAAAUGUGCGUCAGAAGUAACCAUAUUUGGAGAUGCGUCUAUUAAAAUUUAUGUUGGAAAUAAUUUUACGGGUAGUAUAUUUAUUGAAACAGGCCAUCGUUUAAAUUAUAAGCUCCAAAUAGGGUCACUUAAGAUAGUCAAUGGUUUAGGUUACGUUACUAUCAUAAAUACACGGAAUGAAACUACGAAAUUUAUAAAGGAUCAACUUUUAUUGCGAACUUGUAUAGACGUAAAUCUGAAAGUGACUCAAUCACAAAUAAUUGACGUAAGAAAAAUUGAAAAGAGGCCUAUUACUUUGGAUGAAUUAAAUAUAGGAUUAGAUCUUGAUGAAAAGCAGAAAUAUAUUUUACUAGAUUUAGUUAAUGAAUACCGAGACUG